AUGCCUCCUGCAAUUCGACUCCUUCCCCUCCUCGUCCUCCUCCUCCUCCUCCUCCUCGUCUAUCUCCCCGUCUCCCUCUCCUCUCGCCACCACCGCCACCGCACCCCGUCCGCGUCCCCGUCCCCGUCCCCGUCCCCAGCGUCUUCUGAUUCGGCGCCACUAGCGGUCCUCCUGGCCUGCAACGCCACCCGCUUCCAGCCGGCCUGCGUCUCCACGCUCUCCGGCGCCGCCUCCGAUGCCUCCACCGCCGACCUCCUCGCCGCGACGCUCUCCGCGCUCCGCGCGCGCCUCCCGCCGGCCGUCACCACGGCCAAGUCCGUGCUGGCGUCCUCCUCCAACGUGAACCUCACCAACGCCGCCACCAACUGCCUCACGUUCCUCGCGCUCUCCUCGCACCGCCUCUCGCCGUCCCCGUCGCCGUCACUGCUCUCCGCCUCCACCGCGCUGCUCCACCUCUACGACUGCUGGUCCGCGUACAAGUACGUCAACUUCUCCCGAACCAUCUCCGACGCCAUGGCCUACCUCGACGCCACCAUCACCGUGAACAGCAACUACAUCUCCAUGCUCGCCGCGUGGCAGCGCUACGGCGACGAGACGUCCCUCUGGCGCCCGCCGCAGACGGAGCGCGACGGGUACUGGCCGCCCGCCGCCGCCGCCGCGACCUCGGGUGCCGACGUGGACGCGCUCGGCGUGCCCAAGGGCCUGCCGGCGAACGCGACGGUGUGCGGCGCUGGGUGCGACCACAGGACGGUGCGGGAGGCGGUGGCGGCCGCGCCGGACUACGGCGACGGCGCGUUCGUGGUGCACGUGAAGGAAGGGGUGUACAGGGAGACGGUGAGCGUGCCGUGGGAGAAGACGAACGUGGUCCUCGUCGGCGACGGCAUGGGGAAGACGGUGAUCACCGGCGAUCUCAAGGCCGACACGUCCGGCGUGUCCACCUUCAACACCGCCACCGUAGGUGUGCUCGCGGACGGGUUCAUGGCGCGCGACCUGACGAUCGCCAACACGGCGGGCCCCGACGCGCACCAGGCGGUGGCGUUCCGGUCCACGGGGGACCGCACGGUGCUGGACGGCGUGGAGCUGCUGGGUCACCAGGACACGCUGUACGCGCACGCCAUGCGGCAGUUCUACACCCGGUGCCGCGUCGCGGGCACCGUGGACUUCGUCUUCGGCAACUCCGCCGCGGUGCUCCACGACACGGCGCUCGUGGUCCUGCCCCGGCAGCUGCGGCCGGAGAAGGGGGAGAACGACGCCGUCACGGCGCAGGGCCGCACCGACCCGGCGCAGCCCACGGGGAUCGUGCUCAGCCGUUGCGCCGUCAACGGCAGCGACGAGUACCUGGCGCUGUACCGCGAGAACCCCCGCGUGCACCACGUGUACCUGGGCCGCCCCUGGAAGGAGUACUCCCGGACGGUGUACCUCGGGUGCACGCUCGCGGAGAUCGUGCAGCCGCAGGGGUGGAUGCCCUGGAGCGGGGACUUCGCGCUCAAGACCCUCUACUACGGCGAGUACGACAGCGCUGGCCCCGGCGGAGGCGGCGCGGCCAGCCGGAGGGUGGCGUGGAGCAGCCAGGUGCCCAAGGACCACGUCGACACGUACAGCGUCGCCAACUUCAUACAGGGGCACGAGUGGAUACCCAAAGUGUAG